UGUAAAGGACCAGGAAAAAAAAUGAUGAUUCCGAACUAAUAAUUUCGAACGAUUUUCCUCAUACAUUUCAUCUGGAUCAUCAGUUUUUACAAUGUUGAAAUGAAAUUUUCAUUUCAAAUUUUGUAUCAAAUAUUGAUCAUUUUACAAUCACACGUCAAUAUAUACUAUUUAUGAUGGACAAACGACUUCAUUGGUUAUUCUGUGCCAUUUAUAUUGCCAUAACAAUGGUCGCUUGGUAUGCUGGUUAUCAUGUAUAUCGUAUAAAUGGUAUAUAUCAAGGACCAAUACCGGAACAGGCAACCGAUGAACUGUUAAGAUAUGUUUAUCAUCCAUUAAUGGGUUUAUUAAACAUUGCUACCGUUUGGGCAUUAGUGGCCGGUACAACUUUAGGCUGUGCUAUUGGUAUGAUGGAUUUUAUGAUGAGAAAAUCAUUGAAAUAUAAUCUUAUGAUUAUGUCAAUCAUGUUGAAUGUAUUAUGGUGUAUGUUGUAUUUUCUUGAUUGGGCCCAUGUUAUUGGUCAUGAUUGAAAACAUUGAUUGUUAUAAAUGAAUAUAGAAUACUAAUAUAGAAUCACAUUUCAUAAUAAAAGAUCAUGUUGUGAUGAUCGUGGUGUUGAAAGAUCCACUAAUAAUUGUGGCAUUGUUUCUGUUUGUUGUUCAUUUGGUUCUGGACUUUUAUGACUAUGACGAUGAUGAUUAUGUUGUUGUUUUAAAUGUUGACGAUAAAGACAAUUCCAACAAUGAAUUUGUCGUCGUAAUAAUCUAUGCAAUGGAAUUCGAUGUUUUU